AUGCUACUCGGCUUAAGGGGCCUCACACAGGGUGGUCAAAGUUCAUCUCCUCCGGUCAAGCUCCGUGUAUCAGACAAGCAUGUGGAGAUUGAUAACGGCAUUGGUCGACUUACAUUGUUGAAACCGAGCGGCUCUAUCACAGGCGUAGGUUAUAGAGGAAUCAAAAACAUUCUCGAGUAUAAAACUGUGGAAGAUCGAAGAGGGCUUGACAGUACAAACUUCAAAGUUGCAGCAGAAAAUGAAGAUCAGAUUGAAGUCUCAUUCACCAAGACGUUGAGCGAGUCCCGUGUCCUUCGUGGGGUAUCUGGUUUCUACUCGUAUGCAAUAUUCGAGCACUUGGAAGGGUGGCCCGAUUUGAACAUCAACCAAGCAAGAAUUGCCUUCAAGCUUCACCAGGACAAAUUCAAUUACAUGGUUAUAUCAGACAAUAAGCAACUAUUCAUGCCAACCGAUAACGAUAGGAAAGCCGGUCAGAUUCUUGGUUACAAAGAAGUUGUUUGGUUACAAAGGAGAGGUAUUGUGUUAAUUAAUCGAGUCGAUGACAAGUAUCAAUACUCGUGUGAUAACAAGGAUAGUCGUGUCCACGGAUGGAUUAGCUCAAACCCGAAAGUUGGAUUUUGGGUGACUACGCCAAGUGACGAGUUCAGAGUUGGUGGGCCCGUCAAGCCUGACCUCACGUCACAUGCGGGCCCAACUUCACUAGCCAUACUCUUUAGUGACCAUUACGCGGGCCCCACAUUGGAGUUAAAUUACGCAACGGUGAGCCUUGGAAGAAAGUUUUCGGGCCCGUUUUCGUAUACCUUUAUAACGCUUAUCCCGACAAUAAAUCGAGUGCACUUUGGGAGGAUGCUAAGAGACAGGCCAGUCACCAUUAAUAAUAUAUUCUUACGUCGGAAGAGAUCGAAAUAUGGCCGACUGCACACGAACCGAGCAGCUCGCGAGCCGCUCGCGAGCGCUCGAGUCAAAGCUCGGCUCGAGCUCGAGUUUGAACGAACUCGAGUCGAGCUCGAGCUCAAAUUUUACCUUGUCGAGCGAACUCGAGCCGAGCUCGAGCAUCAUGAAAUCGAGUCGAGCUCGAGCUACUGUAUUUGUUUGUCGAGUCGAGCUCGAGCAUCAAAAAUCGAGCUCGACGAGCUCGAGCUCGAGCUCGAGCAGCUAAAAAAAAGAUAUCAAUCCUGCUCGAUAAGGCCAAUGCCCGACUCGGCUCGGCUCGUUUGCAGCCCUAUUCAUGACAAGUACAUUAAUAAUCGGGAGCUUUUACCGGCAAAAUUUGCUUAUGUGGGGUUAGCUCAACCUGGAAAUGUAGGGUCCUGGCAAGCUGAUUCCAAGGGGUACCAAUUUUGGACACAAGCUAAUGAAACAGGGCAUUUCACGAUAAACGGUGUUCGAGCAGAGACUUAUAAUUUGUAUGCUUGGGUGUCGGGAGUCAUCGAAGACUACAAGCAUGAUGAUAACGUUAUAAUUCGACCAGGAAGCAAAAUCGAAAUAGGGGAACUUGUAUACAAUCCUCCGAGAAGUGGGCCCAUGUUAUGGGAAAUCGGGAUUCCUGAUCGUACGGCAGCAGAGUUUUACGUGCCUGAUCCUGCUCCAGGCCUUGUGAAUAAGUUGUUUAUAAACCAUACCGAAAAGUAUAGGCAAUAUGGUUUAUGGGAUAGGUAUAUAGAUUUAUAUCCUACUCAAGAUCUGAUUUACACAGUUGGGGUCAGUGACUAUAGUAAAGAUUGGUUCUUCGCGCACGUAAAUAGAAUCGUAUUCGAUGAAAGAAAUGUGCGGAGAACAGAGACUUACACAUUGAGGCUGGCAUUGGCUUCGGCUAGCUUAGCCGAAUUACAAGUAUGGAUCAACAAUCCUAAUAGUCAUCAGCCUCAUUUUACGACCGGAAAAAUUGGCAGAGACAAUACAAUUGCAAGGCAUGGCAUUCAUGGAAAAUAUUGGUUAUAUGAGGUUACUUUAUCGGGAUAUCAGCUGGUUAAUGGGAAUUACACGAUAUAUCUUAAGCAAGCGAGGACUUCAGGCCUUUUUGCCGGUGUACUGUACGAUUACAUUCGUCUUGAAGGGCCGGGGAAAGUCAACAAUUAGGAUGUGAAAUGAGAA